AUGAGUUCAAACGAUAAGCCAGCAGCAUCGGGAGAUGCAUCAGCUACACCUACAGCUCGAUUUGAGCGAGGAGCUGCACAGCCGACGCUUCCUCCUGGAUUUCAUACUCAUGAUGGUGUACAUUUCCACUCUGGGCAUGGAGCUAAUGCGCAAAUGUAUGUUCUUCAAAGUGACAGCGAAGGAGAAGAAGAUGAAGAAUAUGAAGAUGACGACGACUACGAAGAUGUUGAUGAAGAUGGCGAAGCUCCAUUCCAACACAGUCAUGACGGUGUACACUUUCACUCGUCUCACGCGCCACCUUCCAUGUCAUUUGGUGCUGGACGUGUACCUUUCAACAUGAUGGGUGGGUUUGCUCCGCCAAUGUCGCACGGACAUAGUCACGAAGAUCGCAACAGCCACGGUCAUAGUCACGGAGGUCCGCCAGCUCCCAAUGUCGAUUUCGCCAUUCAUCAGCCAUCAUAUGGACAACGAGGUGCUCCUCAAUCCAAUUUGCAUUCGCACGACGGGGUUUCAUUCCAUGCCUCUCACGGGGCUCCGUCCCAUGAAGCCGGUCAUCACCAAGAAGCUGGAAAUCAUGGACAUACUCAUGAACAGAUGGAUCAUCCGGGCUUGUACAACGACCGUGAUGCUGUUGUUUCGCGAGACUGGGAAGAACGUGCAUUCACUAUUGGUAUUGGAGGACCUGUCGGAUCGGGAAAGACGGCUCUCAUGUUGGCUCUUUGCAAACGAUUGCAUCCAGAGUACAAUAUCGCUGCAGUGACAAAUGAUAUUUUUACACAAGAAGACGCCGAGUUCCUGAUUAAGAACGACGCACUUCCUCAAGGUCGUAUUCGUGCUGUAGAAACCGGUGGCUGUCCUCAUGCUGCCAUCCGAGAAGAUAUCUCUGCCAACUUGGGUGCUCUAGAAGAAUUACAGGCACAAUACCAUACGCAAUUGUUAUUGAUUGAAUCUGGUGGUGAUAAUCUUGCUGCGAACUAUUCACUCAUUGACGUCUCUGGAGGUGACAAAGUGCCCAGAAAGGGAGGACCAGGAAUUACACAAUCAGAUUUGCUGGUCAUCAAUAAAACAGACUUGGCUGAAGCUGUUGGAGCUGACUUGUCGGUAAUGGAUCGUGACGCCAAGAAGAUGCGAGAUGAGGGACCCACCAUAUUUGCUCAAGUCAAACAUGGCAAGGGUGUGGAUGAGAUUGUUGAAAAGAUACUGGAAUCUUAUCGCAACUCAGGCGCUGCUGAUAUUAAAUUGACACCUCUAUGA